UACGUUAACAUCUCACGUGUCCAUUGGUGGCUUCCUUCCGACGCUGGAUCUAGGUCAGGAGGUAAAGAAAGAAAUGGGGAAAGUUCUGAUGAUGAACUUCAGUUUCUGAUUGUCAAAUGGAGAGAGGAAAUCGCGAAAGGAAAGAAUGGAAAACGAACUUAGACUUCACAGUCCAGUGGGAGCGGAGCCAGUCAUCUAUACGUGGCCUAUAUCAUCUUCAGAUGGCAAGGAGGGGGCCACGGAGAUCAUAGAUACGAUAAGAUGGGUUGGAGAAGGCGUGCCCGAGUUAGACUCUGCUCUCAAGAGCCACAUCCUCCAGGAGUACGAUGUCAACAGCUAUGAGAGUAUGAAAAAUGUCUGUGACAAAUAUAACAGGACCAUCGACAGCAUUAGGCAGCUUUGGAAGGGCACAAGUCGACAGAGUGAGCUGGCUGGACGGCCGUCUACUGGUCUGCUGAAGCACAUACUGCAGCAAUGUUACAACCAGGCAGUCAGCGACCCAGAGAAACUGAACCAGUAUGAACCAUUCUCACCAGAGGUGUAUGGGGAGACUUCCUUUGACCUGGUAGAUCAGAUGAUUCAGUCAAUAAAUUUUACAGAGGAUGACUACUUCAUUGACUUGGGCAGUGGUGUUGGACAAGUUGUGUUACAAGUAGCAUCUGCCACCGCGUGUAAGAUGUGUUACGGAAUAGAGAAAGCAGAGUUCCCUGCUAAGUAUGCCGAGGUGAUGGCCUCAGAGUUUGAGAAGUGGAUGAGUUGGUAUGGGAAAGAACAUGGGCAAUAUCAGAUAGAAAAGGGUGACUUUUUGUGUGAGGAAGUUAAAGAGAAAAUCAACAAUGCCACGGUGAUAUUUGUCAACAAUUUUGCAUUUGGCCCACAAGUAGACCACCAGUUGAAGCUUAGAUUUGCCAACAUGAAAGAGGGUGCAAAAAUUGUUUCCUCUAAAGCAUUCUGUCCACUGAACUUCCGAAUCACCGACAGAAAUCUGAGUGAUAUUGGGACGAUCAUGCAUGUGGCUGAGCUGUCCCCACUAAGUGGUGCCGUUUCCUGGACAGGAAAACCUUUUGGCUACUAUAUACACACCAUUGAUAGAACCUUGCUUGAGAAGUAUUUCCUGAGGAUGAAGAAUCCAAAAUUAAAAGAUGAGGAAGACGUUAGAAAGGAUCGGAAAGGCCGGCUGCUGACAUUAAGAGACAAGAAUAGCAUUGAAAAUAAAGAGAAGGAAGAAGUUAAGAAUGGUAUCAUCAAACGCAGAAGCAGGCUCUGUGUCAACAGUUUGGAUAGCAGCUCAAAUAGUUCAUUUCCUGCCUCGAGGAACCUGGACUUUGAUAGUGCUAGUAAUGCCAGCUCAGCAACCAGCACCACCAUGGACGAAAAUAACCAGUCUCAUGUGGAAGUUGAAGAGGAAGAGCCAAAAGUUACAAAACCAGUACUGAAAACUCCCAGGAACAGAAGAAUUGUCAAAAAAGACAAACCUGCAGGAGGGAGAAAGAGAACAAACUUUAGUCGCCAAUCUCGCAUGAAGAAAAACAAGGAAAAGGCAAAGACCAAAGUUCUUGGUUUGGACAGUCUGAACUUGCUGCACACUCAUACUCUAAUGUCUACAGCCAAAUCAGAAUCUCCACCAGAGAACACCAUGAAGUGGAACGACCUCAGCAUGACCUCAGUUUCAUCGUCAUACUUUAAACCCACGACCCAAAGUCGAUCUAUCUCAUCUCUGGAGUCCGAGCCCCCGGCCCUACAACAUCUGCUAGAUUUGUUCAAACAACAGUACAUGCAGUUUAUUUCCUACAUGAAAAGCCCACAGUAUAAAGUUACCCUUCAACAAGAAAUUGAGAAAGAGAAGCAAAGACAGCUACAACUAAGAGCAAAGGCCAUGCACUUGGAGGCUCAGUUAACAGGAUUGCAGAAAGAGGGCGUGUCCAGACUCAAACAGAGGAUGAAGGAGUUAGGUAUACAUGCAGAGAAUCCCUCUGAAUUCCUGACACAGGCGAAGAAGAUUGUAACAGGACACAAAGAACUACAAGGUCAACUGUGUAACCUCCAAGGUCAUGUGUCCAAUCUAGAAGCAGAGAGAUAUAAACUUUUGCGUAAUUCAAAUCAGCUAGCUCUUGGCCAAAAACUUAAUGGAAGCAAGAAUGGAUUUGUCAAACCAGAGCUGACGAAUGAUUUAAUCAAACAUGUCAGCACUACAUACUCCCAGAAGAAAAAGCUGCUUAACAAAGUGAGAGAGCUAGAGGCUGAGGUUCAGGCUUUGGAGAGUGAAAACCAGCAUCUGUCACAGGUAGAGAAGGAAAACUUCCUCCGCUUAGCUCAGGGCCAGAAACUUGUGCCAAAUCUAUAUCAACGACUCGGGGAAUUAGCUAAGGCAGCUACACUAUCAUCAAUAGCUACCCCAAUAACCACAACCAACCCAUCAACAACAGCUAUCCCAUCAUGCAUGGCUGUCCCAUCAUCCUCAGCUGCACCAUCAACCCCAUCCACAAAGUCAGCAAGCAAUGCUCAUAUAGCACAACCAUCCAUUAAAUGUAGUCAAAUAAAGGAAGCUGUACCUAUUGUUGGAAUGAGGAGCAUUCUGUCUCCAACUGUUUCUCAAAGCUCAGGGAUCAUACCAUCAUCUUCUAUUGGGCAAACCACCACUCCGACCUUAGUGUCUGCUGUCCAGACUGUUGUCCAGUCCUCUCUCAACUCGUCAAAGCAAGAUCUUAAAGCCAAGAAUUUGUCUCUACAUUCAUUGCUUGAGGCCAGUGCUCUCCAGAGAGAAAAAAAUAAAGACAGUAACAUAAAGGCAAUUGUUCCUGUUAUGGCAGUGGUAGAAAAUAUGAAACCUGUCAAAGAAAUCGCUCUGAAACCUGUGAAUGGUGUCAACCAAAAAAUAAUUUCCUUCCAGGGGGUAAAAGAUGGUGUGCCAAAACCUUCACUUCCUGUCAGUAUACCACUAGGAAAGGUGAAGGCGGAGGAGGGUCAGACAAAGCCCUCGUUACCGGUCAGUAUACCACUGGACAAGGCAAGACUGGACGACAUGCAGAAGAACAAAUCCAUUCCAACUACAAAAGAGGAAUUAACCAGGGCUGAGAGACUGCUGGCUAUGUAUUCUCCUAUCAGUCGGUCAAGUAGUGUGGAUAGUACAGACACGGCUGAGGAAUCGGGUCACAGUUCAAGUGUCAGUAACGUAGGCCUUUCUCCAGCUAACUCCCUGAUGAGAAACCGGUCUGAUGCCACAAGUGCUAAUAAAAGUAACCCCAGUGGCAGAACGAUAAACAGUUACAUCAAAGCUGUCGUGAAGGACCAUAUCACUGGUUCAUCUAAACAGGGAUCACUCAGUCUGUUAAAUCACUCAAAAUCUGAAGACAAGACCAUGUCUCAGAAACUGAAUCUAGCUGAAGCUUUGAUUCAGAUGUCAGAGGCACAUAACCAUGUCAAACCAAACAGUGUGUCGAUAUUGAACAACAACCACAUGAAACAACCAGUUAUUAUUAAACGAAAACAGAAAGAUCAGAUUUCUCCCAGUGUGGCGAAAAAGCCAAGACCAGAUGUAUACCAGACUUCACCAGCUUCCAGCAGUUCUGUGACACUCACUGCAGGAUCUGUGAGGACCCCCGGGUCGGAGUCGUCCACUCAAACAAACAGUCCCCUAUUCACAAAGGCAGCUGUAAAAGAACACAGAACAGAAAAAUCAUCUUCCAGAGAUGCACACAGCAAGCCUAAACCAAGGGAGAUCACUAGUGGGUUUGACGCCUUGGUAGCAUUGGCAUCUUCUGAGCUAACUAAAAACAAACAUACAGAAAAACAGCUAAAAUCUAUAAACCAUCACCAUAGCAAUGUGCACAGAAAACCAUCUCAGUCUCACAAGGACCAUUUUAGAAGUGCUCCAUAUGCUAAAGCAAAGCCAUCCGGGCCAAGAACACCCCCGGGAAGCCCACCAACUCAAAAGCAGGGCCCCAGGACACCUCCAGGGUCACCCAGUCAGUGUAAACAAAAUCAUACUAGUGACAGAGGGUCGCAUCUGAACAAGAGACCGAGAAAUAUGUCCAAUCGCAGUCGAGCUCAGUUUAGGAGGAGCGAUACCCACGGAUCCUACAGCAGCAAGAGUCGAAGUCCCAGUUAUGAUUCCAGUCGAAGCAGUCGAUCCCGGUCAUCCAGUAGUUCUUCAUGUAGUUCUGGAUGCUCGUAUUCCAGCAGAAGUAGGUCACGCAGUUCUAGCUGUAGCAGUAACUGUAGCAGGGGGCCACCCGCCAAGAGGCCUGCAGUCAAACAGCAGCCUGCUAUACCCAAACCUGCUGCUCAACCUUUGAAAAUUAGCACUACCAGUAAACCAGUAGCAUUGAAAAAUAGUGUAGCCAGUACAACUUUAAAUGGCAGUUAUCGUAUCGUGAAUAGUAAUGCUGCAAUGAAUAAUUCAACUAUGAUGAUAAUGGCAAACAAUCCAUCAAAUUCAGGGAAUAAUUUAUUACAAACAACUCCUCUGGGAAACCAGACUAUUCCAGCUUCAUCUCUGACCAACAAUGUUGUAGUCCUGCAACUGAUGCCACAGAAUUCUGGGGCCAGUGGGCAGAUUAUUAGAACUUCAAUACCAGGCACACUGGUGUCUUCCCAACCCCCACCAUCUCAGGGAAAGGCUGUCAACAAUUUCAACCAGCCAUUACAGUGCUCACAAGUCCCCCCACCCCCUCCGCCUCCUGUCAGCAACAUAGUCCCACUUCACAAUGGAUUAGUGCCCCCAACUAAUGGCAUGCAGCCCAAUGGACCUAGUUUUCAAUUUACUAUAGACAACAGGGGGGGCACUAUACAGACCUUUAAUUUUCCAGAUUUGACACGGCCACCUCCUAACAUAGCAGUGAAGCCAUCAAAUGUUGGUCAUCCACUGCCUGUGGCUAAUACCAGUCGACCUUUGCUUCCCUUACCAAAGGGACAGCAGAAGAGGAUGCCCUCCCCCCGAGGCCAAACCCCGAUCAUGACUGUGAACCACAGACCACAAGGGAGUCCCAGUAAUGUGUCUAUACAGCCUAGACCUAACCUAAACACUGUUCAGAAUGGAUUCCAAGAGAGACCAUACACUCCUGCGGCCAACAUGAGCAAUAACUUCUCACCCCCACAGAAAUUUAACGACACUCAGCGAGGGCAACCACUCAAUCCGCGAAUUCCACAACAGAUCAGUAAUUUCCGUGGAUCUCCAGUGACCAUACAUCCAGCGCCAUCUGGUGUUAUACAGGGAAAUAACUCCAACACUAGACCAAGGUUCACCACUUUUACAGUGCCAUUCCAGGUGUUCAACAAAGAUCAGGGUAAUGGUCAACAACAGUUCGGAAACCAAAUGCAAACUGGCAGUAUAAAGGAAGACACCCCUUUUCUCAAGUGUCAAGUUUGUGAGAAGAAAUUUCAUAUUGACUGUUUGAAGACGGGGACCCCCUCAUCCAUGGUGGGAGAUGUGUUUUUCAAUUUUACUUGCUCCAACUGUGCUGAAGAUGGUCAGGAGGAUGUGAAGAGAAUGAAAAUGCAGUGGACUCAGGUUGUGUACUUGGCUCUAUACAAUCUACAGACACUCGGACAGUCGGGGAAGCGCGGAUACUACAGGUGGAAGGAACACAUCUGUGCCUACAUAGACAGACACUGGAACACGCUGUUCGGAUCACACAGGAAGAAAACAACUUUGUGGCAUGGAACUGUAGCAGGGACCUUGUCCUCAGGAUGUCCUCAUCAUUUUACAUCAGGAGCCAAUGAACUGGGGGAGACUGGCUGGUGGAAGCUUACUACAAUGAAACCCCCUUAUGUAAAAAAAGUGACCACCCCCCCAGUGUCCACACCAAAGUCCAACAGGCGCCGAGUUCCCGUGCUGGGCACAACAGUAAAGGUGGAGGGGCUGAGAAGCAGACGGGGGAAAACAUCCAUAGAGUCUGCCAUGGAACUCAAGGCCAAGAGAGAAACUCUCCUGGAAGCCAAAGAAAUGAGGCGAUCCAAGUCCUCCACUCCGGGUGUGUCCCCAGUCCAGAGUGAGGCUUCAGACAGCUGCUCCCAGUUCACCACCGGCCAGACCUACAUCAAACAGGAACCAGACUUCAUCACGGUCAACCAGGAGCCUUCAGACUCGCUAGACAACAGCUCCAGUCUUAAUCUGUCGGCUAAUCGUAGCUUUGUGUCGAUUGCCUCCUCGGGGAGCACCUCCCAUCGGAGCCUCGUGGAGUCCUUCAGGGAAGUGGAUGAGGAUAGCCAGUUCUCCUACGCGAGCAGCACCAGGACAGACUCGUGGCUGACGGAACAGGAGCUGAGGCCUGAUGCAAGCCUGCCAUCCAUGUUGAUGUCUGAUGACCAGGAUAUCGAAUCGGAGAGUGAUUUUGAGAUUGACCCAGGAACCAUAACUCCCCCCUCAGCAUCUCCUGUACAGAGGGAAGAGUCACCUACCCUGCAAGAUAUCCUUAGCACAGUAUCCUCUACUGAUGAUAUUUCAAACAGCCAGAACUCGGAUACUGCCUAUAGAUACAUGAUCCAUCACACAGAUAGUUCUUCAACACCAGCCCAGUUCCCGCAAAGUGACGUUAUGGAAGAACAAUUCUUACUACAGGUAAAUAUAAAGAAAGAACCAGAGGAGCAGUUACCUCAGCAACAGGACAUCAGGACAGAUCCUGAAGAGGAGGCCUCGGUAGUGGACUCCGAGUCGGAGAGUGACAGUAAUGAGGAGGAGGAGGAGGAGGCAGAGGAACAGCCUGGUAUGUCCUCACAGUCCUGGACACAGCCCGUACAGAGGAAGAGGAGGAGAGUGGGUCAGAGGGAUGAGGACAGGAAAGAAAAUGUGGAACCACCCCCUCCCAGGUUACACUUGAUGAGUCUAUAUGAAGAAAGGCAAUUGUUAAAAAAGAUGAACAUGGCUGCAGACGCAGGUCCCCUUCCUCCAGAGCUGCACCGACUGAGGCGCAAACUUAUUGUGCGACAGCAACAAAGAGAGAGGGGUCUCCCAGUCUUUGAUGCUGAUGCCCAGAUGAAUCAACUCAUGCAAAAAUUUUGGGGGGAUUCUUGGGAAAAUGAGGAAAACAAAGAAUAUAACCCUAAAGGUAUACCCACAUCUAACCUGUCAUCAGGAGAGACCAGAGUGCUGGACCGCUUUCAGGUGGCGCCAUUAGUCUCACACACAGUCAUGUUGCAGCAGCCUUCCUUUCUCAAUCGGCUCAUUGGUACAGACGACGAUCAGCUGACCAGCAUUAGGAGUCCCUACACCUCCAGAAUGUUGAAGCCAUUCAUCAGAAGAGAUUUUGAAUCUCGUCCUCUGAAAAUGAGGUUAUUAGAAGAAAUCAAAGCAUAUCCUCACAGAGACAAAUGUGACUGGAAACCUGCCCCUCCCCCUUCCAUAGACUACUGUUAUAUCCGUCCACAACACAUCCCCUCUCUCAACACACUAUGCAGAGAAUUUUUCUGGCCUGGGAUAGACUUAUCUGAGUGUUUGCAAUAUCCAGACUUUAGCUGUGUUGUUCUCUUCAGAAAAAUUGUGAUUGGGUUUUCCUUCAUGGUACCUGAUGUGAAGUUUAACGAGGCAUACAUUUCCUUCAUUUUCACCCACCCAGAGUGGAGACGAGCAGGCAUCGCUAAAUUCAUGCUUUAUCAUCUUAUUCAGACUUGUAUGGGAAAAGAUGUGACAUUACACGUAUCAGCCACGAAUUCAGCCAUGUUGAUGUACCAGAAGUUUGGCUUCAAACCCGAGGAAUUCAUUUUGGACUUUUAUGACAAAUAUUACUCUGAAGAUUCAAAGGAGUGUAAACAUGCAUUUUUCUUGAGACUGAGAAGAUAAUAUUAAGAAUGAUGUCGAUGAAGGAUAGGGUGGACAUAAGACAUGUGCGAUACAUUGUUUAUAGAAUGUACACUGUAUAUAUGUGGACCAAUACGAGUCAAUAUUUACAUUUACCAAUGUUUUGUUAAUAAUAAAUCUAAGUUGUGUCAA